GAUGGCGUCGAGCCGCGCGCCGAGGGGCUGGGCUACGCGGUGGUGGUGGACGCCGGCAGCUCCGGCAGCCGGGCGCAUAUCUAUGUCUGGCCGCCGCACACGGGCAACCGGCGCGACCUGCUCAACAUCCAGCCGCUGCGGGACCUGGCCGGCCAGCCCCGCGUCGAGAUGAUCACGCCAGGUCUCUCCUCCAUGAGGGCGACCCCAGACCGGGCCGGUGCGUACCUGAGGCCGCUGCUGGAGUACGCCGCCGCUCACAUACCCAAGGAGAAGCACAGGGAGACGUCGCUGUACAUCAUGGCCACCGCCGGCAUGCGACUGCUUUCCAAGGAGACGCAGGCGGCCAUUAUCUCCAGCCUGCGACAGGACAUUCUGCAGCGGUACGACUUCCUGCUGGCCGAGCAAAACAUCCAGGUGAUCACGGGCCGUGAGGAGGGCAUUUAUCAGUGGAUCGCCAUCAACUUCGCCUUGGACAGGUUUCGUCAUGCCCACAACGGGCCGCUGGUGGAGGUGGAGACCGUGGACGAGAAGCCAAUCAAGCGGCUGAAGACGGUCGGCGCGCUGGACAUGGGCGGAGCCUCUAUGCAGAUUGGCUUCGAAGUGACCACCAAAGCGCAGCAGAAGGCUCUGGGGGGCCACCGCUCCUCCAUGGCGGUGAUCAACCUGGGCUGCGCCGACCACGACCGCGAGCACACGUACCGCGUGUACGUCACCACCUUCCUCGGCUACGGCGCCAACGAGGCGUUCCGCCGCCACAGUGAGGCCAUCCGUGCCAGGUACACGAACGGCACCCGCCGCCUGUACGACCCGUGCCUGGUGCGCGAGUUUUCGGACCGGGCGCUGCUGAAGAACACUACCUACUGCUCCGAGCAGCAGCCGCCGCCGGCCAACUGCUCGGUGCCCGUGGUCGGCACCGGCGACUGGCACCAGUGCGAGGAGCUCGUGCGCAAGCAGAUCGUGGAGGAGCGCAAGACGCGCCUGUGUCCGGAAGGCCCGGACGGCUGCACGCGCACGCUGGUGGCACCGCCCGUCAACCUGAGCGAGCUCGAGCUGUAUGGCUUCUCCGAGUUCUGGUACUCCAUGGAGGACACACUGCGCAGCGGCGGCAAUUACUCCUACAAGCGCUUCAGCCAGACGGCCAAGGACUACUGCGCCACCGCCUGGCGGACGCUGGUGCGGCGCCGCGGCGAGGGGCUGUACGGCCGCUCCGACGACGACCGGCUGGCGCGACAGUGCUUCAAGUCCGUCUACCUCACGGCCGUGCUGCACGAGGGCCUGGGCCUGCCGUACUCGUACCAGGGCCUGACCUCCACGCCGAGCGUCGUAAACGGACGCGUCUCCACCUGGACGCUGGGCGCGCUGCUGUACAAGCUGCGCUUCCUGCCCGUGCGGUCGGUGGAGGCGGCCACGUUCUCGCAUUUCCCGGCCGGUCCGUACAGCAUCUGGGGCUCCCAGUACCUGCUGCUGGUCUGCGUGCUGGUCGUGCUGGGCGUGCUGGCGCUGUACGUGCUGCGCCUGCGCCGGCUGCGGCUGGCGCGGCCGCGCGUGCGUCUCCUCUCCGAGCACGAGCCCAUGCUGCUGGGCGUGCGCGUCAGCUGACGGGCCGGCGCCGAGCGCCAGCUGGC